AUGGAAGAUCCAGGUCUGGCGUUCUUCGAGAAGUCGAAAUUCGCCUUGAACAUGCUCUCCAUUGUCGGCCUUGGUCUCGUCAAGUCAUCCAUUCUCGUUCUCUACCUGAGUCUCUUUCCGAACCGCAAGUUCCAAUGGGUCGUGUACGGCGUGCUCGGCUACGUGAUCGUCUGGACCAUAAGCUUCUUCUUCUCGCACCUCUUCACCUGCUACCCGAUUACUGCUUUUAUCGACUUUUUCCAAGAUAAGAAAUGCGUCAACCAGGUGGCCAUGUUCCUAACAGUCCUGUACACAAACGUCGUGGCCGACUUUGCCAUUCUCGUCCUGCCCAUUCCCAUGGUCAUGAGCAUCCAGCUCAAGUUGCGGAGGAAGAUUGCCGUCCUCGGCAUGUUGAGCCUCGGCGCUGCUGUCUGUGCGGUCAGCGUCACUCGCGUCAUUGCUGUAUAUGCAAUUGCCAAACAAUACGUUCAUUACCCCAACGACAUCAUUUACUACACCGCACCCGUGUUCUUCUGGACCAAUAUUGAACUGUCCAUGGCGGUCGUGUGCGCAUGCCUGCCGACACUGCGACCGAUUUGGAGACACCUGUUUCCGAAAGAAACAGCGACUGGAAACAACUCGUACGAACUGGGCUACGGCUCUGGCAGGAAGGGGACGAAGAAGGGCAACCACAACAACAUGCCAUACACAGAGCUGGACGAGAUGGAACUCAACGGGGGUAACAGCCACACAAGGCCCGCGUCGCCGGCGAGCGGGACGGUGGUCAAGGAGACCAGGAUACGUCAAACGAUUGAACCAGCAGACGACUCUAGCGCGAUAUAUCUACCACCGACCGAGUCUUUUGCUGGGCCGCUUGGUCCCAGGGUAUGA